AGGUUGUAAACCUUUUGCUAAUGUCGAACAUAAUGUUAAUCUAAUUUAAUGGAAAACGACCUGAAAUUACAAAUGAUACCCCUGAAUGUUUUGCUAAUUUAAUGAAAAAAUGUUGGGAUUCUGAUCCUUCAAAAAGACCAACUAUAUUUGAAAUAGAUAUGGAAUGGUUUGAUAUAAAUAAAACUAAUAAAACUGAACUUAAUCAAGCUGAAAAAAAAAGAUUAGAAUUAAUACAAUUAAAGAAACUUGGACCUGAAUUUAGUGAAAAACCUCAUCCAAACGCAAUUUUUACAAGUAGAGCAUUAAGUUCAUUGAUUUCUAAAUCUUCUAUAGAUUUUUUUUCAAUUAAUUCAGUUAGUACUAUUAAGCAAGAGUAUAUUACUAAAGAAUAUGAACUUGAUAUAAAUAAAAUUCAAAGAUCAUCCACUCAAAAUAUAAAUUCCUCCGUUCAAGUCACUAAUUCUCAGCAUCAAAAUGUUGAUGGACCUAGUGUAAGUGGGCCAUUAAAUAAUUUGAUUUCAACUGUAACUACAAAUUCUUCAAGAAAGCGAAAUAUUGAAGAAUUAGAGAUUGAAACACAAAAAAGUAAAAAAAAUCGAAAAAGAUAUUAA